AAAGCUGCUGCUGGAUAGCUCGAAAAUCUACCUGCUGCUGUUGGCGGGCAGACGGACUACGUACGGACGGACGCAGCGAACAGCGAGCAGAAUAGACUUGCAGAGAAGCAAGCGAGGAAGGAAGGCAGAAACGGCAACCGGAGCAGACGCUGGCGGUACGGUACAAGACAAACAGACGCACGGACGCGCACAGACAAGGCCAGCCGGAGCAGAGGGAACAGAACAGGCACCGAGAGGUUGGAAAGGACGAAAACAGGCUGAAGCAGACUGGAGAAAAGGGGCUGACAGGAGCUAGGCAGCAGGAGAGUGUACAGCUGCCGCUGCUACUAUUACUGUGUGAGUUAUAGUUGUGUGGCUGAGGUCGGAACUUGCCUGGUCUGGCUAGGAUAGCUGGCUGGCUGGAGGGUCGACGGCUGGAAGUUGCGGUCCGACAGGCAGGCGGGUGUCGCGGCGCACGCCCCAGAGGCUCAGAACGCGAGAGAUAAAGAGAGCAUUUAGGACCCCAAGAAGAGCCCUUGUGUAGCAACGAGUGUCGUGUGUGGGGCUGAACUUGUGCCUGUUAGUGGUGCGUGGUGCUGCUGCUGGUGUAGUCGUCGUCAUCGUCAUCGUUUUCGCCGUUCUCGUUCUUUUUUUUAUAGUAUCAUAGUAUAGUAGAGUCUGUACGCGACGCUGGCAGGCUCGAUCCAGUAAAGUGAGACUGACUGGCAGUCGGGGUGACGCGCGACGCCUGGCCAGAAGGUGACGGAAACGAGCUGAGACCGUCGUGCUUUUCGUGUCGAUAGUGGUGUAACGUAGUAUUGAUGGUGAUGGUGCCCUGCUAAUGGAAGCGAAAUAUAGACAGAGCUGUGGGUAAGGCGCCAGGCCUGUGUGGGCGUCGUGCUUGUGUUAGGACGACGAAGAGUAGUAGCAGCAGCAGCAGUGAGAACACGACGUCGGCAAGGAGAAAAACGAGUCGACAAAGCUGAACUCAAAGCCUCUAGAUUAGAGGGGCAGAGGCUAGUAGAAGAGGCUAAAGAUUUCGAGCCUAAGAUCCAGGAGACAGGCAAAGGACGGGUCAGCAGAAAGCCAACCUUGACCCCCUCCCACCAGCUACACGAGAUUGAUAUAGAGGAAGCUGCAAGCUACCGGCUGGUUCACACGUCCUGGCGGACGUUCAUUGCCUGGUUGUUGGUGUACGGUAUUACCGUGGUGCAGUGCUGUUCAUUUUAUGUAACAUAGCGACGAGAUCAUGAAGCAUUACUGCAAAAGGCUCCACUAAGUAAGGCGUCCAUUCGCUUAUCAUCGUCUAUUACUUGCAACAGCAGAACCAGCAGCAACAAAAGAACGGAACAGGCCAAAACGACUAUCCAUAUCCACCAGCAGCUCUCUUUUCCCGUCCCUCCAACCCAGUCUGUGUCACUCUAAUCAUUUCUGUGUAUAUACGAGAAGUACGACCGGAACGUAAAUCGCGUUCCCACAACUCAGCACCGUAGCAACCAAGCCAGUGAGCAGGCGCGAGAAAAAAUCCAAAAAUAUCGCUAAAGAAAUCGGCAAACAAUAAGAGCAACAGAAGAGGGAAAGGCUGGCGACUAACGGACAGCCCUGAGCUAAUACUACAGGGAAGCGUGAAUAGCCCGAAAGAUACGAACAGCCAGGUGCUGCUCCUAUGAUUGAACAUACUGCUGGCUGCUGAAAAGAAUAGCAGAGAAAAGACAUCACCAGCACAGGCCACACUAGGGUGCACAGCGGUAGCCAAAGCAGCGCAGAAGAGGACCACCCAAAAACAAGGAGAUUGCAGCAGAUCCGCAAAAAGAAUAAACACCGACUAUAAUUGCGUACAGCACCAGAAGCGGUAGCUACAGAAGUAGCAGCACAAAACAACGGCAGCGGCGGUAAUCGCUAACAACUGUAGUCGCUUCGACAGCAAUAGCAGCCGAUAUAUGCAUUCAAAUGAAAGAAGAAGCAAGGAAUAAAAGAUCGUAACCUGAGUCUUGUCCGUUGUGUCCUGCGAGUUUGGUCGUAGCUGCGAGCUGGUGUUGUCCUGCGAUCCGUGGCCUGGUGUUAAAGGUCCGUUAUUAAGGGAAGCAGGCUCGCGGCAGCCUGUGUUUUGUGUGCCGGCGGUGGAAGCUAAGCUGGCCUUAGUGGUCUCGUAGUGGUCAUUGCCACGGUCGACCUGGCGCUAGAGGUACUACUCGUCGUUAUCAUCGCGCAGUUUUACGUUGUUUGGUCUUGGUGGUCCUGGUGCUGCCGAAAUUCGUGCGUGAGCAGGCCAAAUUUGCAGCAGUGCGGCGGCGUCAGGGCGAUUGCCAACGGGCAACAGCCACAGCAACAGCUACCAAUCCCGAACGGUGACGACAAUGGCUUGAGCUGGACGAGGAGACCACACCAGCAGCCGGAAAGGGAACGCGUAGAGCGUGAACAGCCGCAGCACGCUGGUGUCAGGAUUGAGGACGAAGGUAAAGACGCUGCGACCGCUGCCGAGGCCGUGUCCGACAGCGAAAAUAGCGUCAACUCCAACGACACGAACGGCGUAACGGCGUGGCACGAGGGCCGCGCCAACGCUAACACGAACAAGGAUAAGACGUGCGUGGUGGUCGAACGUGGCUCGUGGAGCAUUUUGGAUCGUGGUUAGAUCAAACACCACGUUGGGCAGUACAAAUCGCCCCAGUUGUAGACGCUGAUGCUCGUGUGACGGGAAGGAAGCGUGUGUGGCAAGAAAAAGCCAAUUAGCAAACAAAAGCAAGAAAAAAGAGGAAGACCAGGCAAGUGUUGCUGUUGUAUCGUAGUGAAUGAGCUUUUUACCUCGUGCAUCUUCUACGUUUCUGUGUGAUUGCGCGAAUGCGUGUCGCGAGUGCCAUUUAAUUGCUCGGUUGUAACACUCCAGCGUUCAGCCCCAUCAGCUUUUAUUGGCGUAUGCGAAACGCGUGGGACCCGCGUGGUUGAUUUUGUUUGUUCGCUUGUUUUUCAUUGUUCGUGGUUUUGUAUGCUGUGGAAGAGCAACAACAACAACAUUAGCAGCAGCGACAGCAGAAAUUGUCUCAGUAACGGCAACAGCAAUAACAACAACAACAGCAGUAAAAGUAGCAGCAGAAUGAGACUUUUCUAAGUCCCUGAUCACGGAGUGUUGGCAGUACUUGUAAUAGAAGUACCACAGUACUACCACAGCAAAUUUAACGUCGAUAUAAUACUGUAGCUUACAAGGCUGCCAACUUCUGUCACGAGAACAGCUUAAUGAACACGGGCCAGGUUGUUCGCGGUGGUGCCCAUCGAGGUAACCUAAUAGCAUAAGCAGCGACAGCAAAAAGAACAUCUUUUGCCUAAAUCAAAUUCGAAACCCGCGUAAACGUCAACAUUUUAGCAUCGUUGUUGUCCACGAUUAUUGUUUGCGGGUCGCCGCUCGAGACGAAGACGAUCGACCGUGAGGUGGUGAGUGAGUCGACGUGAGGUGCCGCGCCGUGACGCCUUCGGCCUCGGCCUCGCUCUCGGCCCGGCCAGCCCAUGAAGAAAGUGCGCAUCCAGGAGCAGGGGGGUGCGCCUGGGAGCGCAACGAUGAAUCCUAAUAUGCCCCAGCAAAACCCUCCAGGAGAGUACCCGAAUGUCCUAGACGACAUCACUUUUGCUGAAAAUAGGGCUCGGAGACCCCGUCCGCGACACAGCCAAUCGGAAGAGGGGCCCUUUCCCAGCUCGGAGGAGCGAAGAGACACGGCGAACCUUCGAUAUCGACAGAUGGGCUUCAGCCGGGGCUUCGGUUUAGGAGAGCAGGUCGGCUGGAAGGAAGGCUAUCAGUUAGGUUUACAGCGAGGUGCGCAGCUGGCCACUGAAUUGGGCUUCUAUCAAGGAUUCGUGCACGCGUGGAUCACGAUCCUCGAACAUGAAGAUCCUUCGAAGCAAAGAAAACUAGCUGCGCUGAAGGGUCUCCUCGAAAUGACGAAAAAUUUCCCGAAACAGACGGUAGCUGACGAUGACAUGUUCGAGAAACUUCACAAGAUUCGCGCCAAGUUUAAGCAGGUUGUAGCACUGUUGGAGUUGGGCGCGGACCAGGUGGUUGGCCAACAAUCGACAGGAGGUGACCGAGGAGGUGCCACAACCCCCGGCCAUGGUCCUCCCCCGUCAGGCUUCCACCAGACCGAGCCUAUCUACAGCACGUCAAUGAAACAGCAACACCACGGAGUUAGCGGCGGCGGCGGCGGCGUUGGAAUGCAUCAUCAACAACAGCCUCAACAUCAUCAUCAUCAUCACCAUGCAUCAACACAACAACAACAGCAACAACAUCAGCAGCAGCAGCAGCAGCAACACCCCUCUGCGUCAGCCGCUCACCAUUAUCAUCAGUCCCUGCAGCAAAUGCAACAGCAGCAGCAGCAGCAACAUGGCACAGGGGUGUAUCCUCAGGGGUCGUACCGGUCGCACACGCAUCCGCCCCCGGUGAGCCACGUUGGAGCUUCGGGCGGAGUUCCUUCGGGCGGCCGCGGGGGUGUAGGAAUGAUGGGGGACCCGUCACGACCCUCCUCGAAGCACUCUGAGAUGUCCUUCUAGUCCCUGCCUAAGAACACUUUGCAUUCUGCUCUACCAUUCGACUCAGCAACUACAAUAAAACAACAACAACAACAACAACAACGACCACUACCGACAACUUUGUCUUCCGACACUGGUAUCCAGCUGCUAGGUGCAGCUGGUGUUGCGACAACAGCCAUAGAUGACACAUCAUCCAGCAGAUAUAUUAACAAAAAGCUCAGUCUCAGCACCCCUGAAGGUAAGACCUCUGAGAAGCGCACCGCAUUUCAUUGACACAAUUUGUUAUAAUAUUACAGAAAAUUGGACGGGACGUCUGCUUCGAAUUCAAAGCUGUGAAAUGAAAGUUGAGGCGGUAAUUAACGCUCUGCUCAAAAUAACAAUUAUCUAGGUUGUACUAACAGAUAUUAAUGUAGGUGAUCUUAAGUUAUAAUCGAUUUUUGCGUACUGUUACAUUUUGAACGUAUAAACAAAAAAUGUACAGCAUUUUAUAUACGAAGAAUAGCUUAGAUUUUAUAGGAUAAAGGAUCAUGCAGUCGUCGAAGCCGUGUGCUGCUAAGAUUUCGACAAAUUAAAUUUCCACUAUUUCAUAUUUAAGCACAACUUGUUUAUAUUGCUACGCAAGUUUACCAGUAAAACGAAAUGAUACUUAAUCACAUGAUCACUUUAUUAAUUCUAAGUCCGUAUCAAAAAAAGGUCUUUCCUGGAAGCGACAUGCCGUUAGGUUGUCUGGAGCUAUUUAGUAAGUUCAACUGUACGACAUUUUAAACGCGUUACGUGUACUUAUUUUUAUUGAUUGCUAAAUUCAAUACAAUGCUCUGGCUGUAUCUUGAAGGCUGUGCAUUUGAUGUCAAAUCUCAAUUAUCAACUACUUCUUUGACGCUAGAUUACGCUAAAUUGCCUAUCAAUCUCUUUAAGACAUGAAAGCAAUAAAACUUAUAUGGGUUUAAAUAUGGAGAAUAUGGAAGCCGAAGCCACUGCUAACAUUUUCCGCAAUGAGAACGUACGAUUUCAUUGAGUAGCCGCACUGUGUUUUAUUGAUCAAAAUUUCAAGACCGCAUUCAUUAUUUCCUGUUCGGGUAGUAGAUACUGUUGGUAUCUACUACAGCUACGAACUUCCGUCCGAAUGAAUUCGGCAUUGCCACCAAAGUAACUUUUUGCCUGAUUCGAUGCUUUCGGCUGACUCUUCCCUGGCGAGCGGCACAGACUGACGCAUGUCUCGUUUAUAGCGAGGGUGGGUUUUUUGCUAAUAAUAACUGUGCAAAUGGUCUCUAGAUUGUACUACAGUUGUAUUAGAGAAGCUUCGUUUCAAACUUGGAAACCUGUGUAUGAAUGCCAUAUUGGGCCGGAUCGGCAGAGCCACUGUCGGUUCUCUUUUUCUCCUUCCACAAAAUUUUUAUGAAUAAAGUCAUCUCUGUUGUAGUCCUUAGCAUUCAAGUAGUGUUUUAACUAUUUUCGAUAGAUGUCAUUAGAUCUGACAUCUCCGAAAAAUAAAGAUCUAGUUAUUAACGUUGACUUUUAUUACUAAGCAAUAUCUCGAAAUGCGAGUUUAUUAUUCUCUACAUGCAAUCAGCUUACAGUCGCUUCUCUCGCAUAUCAAUUGUAGUAUCGGCGCCAUUACGUCAAUAUAUAGCAUUAUUAUAACUUCUCACAAUCGCAUCGUUUACAGACCUGUGCCGUGAAGGCGUCAUGGCGCCUUCGCCUGGAAGCGCUACGGGUGUAGGCAGUGAUUUGUCUUCUGCUCAGCCUACGCCACGCAGGCGUCAUAAGCGCCACCGAUCGCAGUCGCACAUUGCGCCUACCGACCCGUUGCCUCCACUUCCUCCCCUGCCGCCCGGAGACGCCAUCUACCAGACGAUCCAGCCUCAGGGGAGCAUCACGGGUAGCCAGCGAGGGGAAGCUAGCCGUACACUGCCGCUCAGCACAACAACGGCAGGUCAUUUACAACAGCAGGUGCGGACACGUAGUAAGGAGACGUUAAUUGACGGAGCGGGAGAUUACGCCACGACCACACGGCAAAUAGCAACAAUGUCUCAGAGAGCACAAAACAUUUUAGCACAACACUCUGGCCAGUUUCUGCAGGCGCCUCCACGAAACAGACACACUCGAAGUCAAAGCCCUAGAGAUCACAGAGGCCACCUGCGACAAGCCUCACAUCCCAGUUAUUCGGCUUUGUCGACGGCGCAGCAAGGCUAUUGUUCGUCACAUAGCACGUAUCAGCCAGGUGUUGCGGCGCACAAAAGCCUCGAGCGCGUUGGCGCCGUCAGUACUCAUGACCAUCGGACAUCGGGUUCAGCACAUCACCAUGCCGGACGACCUGGGCGUACGCAGGGCCUUUCGACCUACGCCACCCACAGCGGUGAUGGGCAUGCGAGUGGCCAUGGACACUACGACACAAGCCGCUACCCUGGUCAACUACAGGGAAUCACCGAAGGUCACCAAAGUCAUGGUGGCUAUCCAAACACGAUCAUCACGUAUGACGAACUAUGCGAAAGCGUUGAAAACGAACGUCAACGUCGACGCCAACGCGAAAAGAGCCGGACCCGUUGCUGCUGGUGCAGCUGUGGAGAAUGCUGCCGACAGAUUGUCAAGCUGGCUUUCGUCUUAACAGUGCUCUUAGCCAUUUUGGUCGUCGCCUGCAAGUUCUGGUGCCCCGAUUCCUGCAAAAACUAUCUAUUCUUCGGCAACAGUAGCAGCAUCAAAGUCGAAACCUCUAGCCGAUAGCGUUUGUUAAUUCUCGAAUUUUUCAACACAUUAGCGACAUUUAUGGUUUUUGCUGCGACUUAGCCAACUGGCUGGAAUGAAGGCACUGACGAUAUGAACUUAAUUAGCGUCAAAGCCACUUUUACCACCGUUUCCGCCUGUGAUUUGGUAGUGAUUCGCUCUCGUCAGCCACCCCUACCUUCGUCGUCUCUGUUCUGUCUUUUUCCAUGCAUCUAUAUGACGUGACCGCCGCUUGUACCGAUACCCGAGUGAAGCCAAUGUGCGAAAGGCCUAAAAUGAAUUUCUCCAAUCUGGGGAUAGAGAGACCUAGGAGAGGAAAAAAGUCACAAAAAGACAUAGAUGUAGAGAGAAAGGGGAAAGCCAACCGUCCUGAGAAAAAUUGCGUUCUACGUCGUCUUCUAAUCGUUUGGCUCAUACGAUUUGCUACGACAGACUCUAUACGUGCGUUCAGCGAACGUCUUUGCGCUACAUGUACAGAGCAGUGUACGCAGACAGUGGUGCAUGCGGCUUACUCAAGUACCUGGCGAGAACGUGUCCGAAUUAGAUGGAGGAGUCACUGUCUGCGCCCGAUAAGACAACAACAAGGAAGGACGAAUGCUAAUUAGCAACAAUACGAGAAGCAUACAAGGCAUGGGAGAGUCAUGCGUUUGUAAAUGCAACUUGAACAAAACAGAAACGUUGACGCAAAUUAGUUCAGGCGGUAUGAACGCCUCCUCCAAACACGUUGCGUGAUCAACAAUAAUACUGAUGAAAACAAUAAAAGGCAACGGCGACAGCGGCAGAACGAAAAACAAACAAAACCUAGCAACAACCGAUUGUGAGCAAAGUUGAUUACUGAACAAAAGGCAGAAGCCAAAUUACCUUGAGGCCCAAAGACGACUAAUCAGAAAGCUACUAGCAAUUAAACUAAUAAUGAGUAAUAUAUACAAAUUAAAAAUCAACUAGAGUGAUUGCUGCGAUAGGCAAUUAUGUGCAAUAGAGACAAAUACAUAUAUUCCCAGAAAAAAAAUACAUCUAUCAAUGAUAAUAAUGGACAAUGGUGUUGCAACAUGCAAACCCGUGCGCGCACACACCUACGAAGCAAUAAGGCCAGUACACUGCAAUAACAGGUACAAUAAAAAUGUCGACGAGGAGUGUAACACUAACGUUUCUAAAAACACGAGGAUGCUCGUUAGGCAGUGGCUAUGUGGCAGAGGCGACGAGUGAACCAAUAAGCCAGCUCUGCUCGUGCGCUCGCCGUCGUCGGCGGACAUUGAACGAGAUCAAUCUGCUAAAAAAAUCUACAACUUAAUGUCAUCGGAAAACACCAUCGUAAUAGUAACUAAUUUUAAUCAAACUAGGACUAGAUGUAAAUAUAGUACAAAAUCUUAAGUAUAAAUCGGCCAUCUCGCGUCCAACUCAUGGCAUUGUGACACUGCAACAAAUAUUUCACUAAAGGUCACGAUUAUCAAAAUAAAUCAAGCGUUUGAACCGUGGCA